AAUCAACAUCCUCGUCCCACAGCCUCUCGACGCUUCAUUCCUGACCGGUAUACUGCCCACCCGUUUCUCAUCUCCAAUCACCAUAUCAACCAUGGACUAUACUCCCCGAGGAGCGUGUUACUCUUGCGGUUCUACCGGCCACCAGGCCCGUGACUGCCCUACCAAAGGCCCUGCUAAAUGCUACAACUGCGGUGGCGAGGGUCACAUCAGCCGUGACUGCACUGAGCCCAUGAAGGACAACAAGUCCUGCUACAAGUGCGGCCAGCAGGGACACAUUUCCCGCGACUGCCCCCAGGCCGGAGGUGCUGGCAGCGGCCAGUCUACCGAGUGCUACAAGUGUGGUGAGAAGGGCCACAUUGCCCGCAGCUGCCCCAAGUCCGGAGGAGGCUUUGGCGGCAACUCUUACGGCGGCAACAGUGGUGGCUAUGGCGGCGGUGCCGGCAAGACCUGCUACUCAUGCGGUGGAUACGGCCACAUGUCUCGUGAGUGCGUCAACGGCAUGAAGUGCUACAACUGUGGCGAGUCUGGCCAUUAUUCCCGCGAUUGUCCUAAGGAGUCCGCUGGAGGCGAGAAGAUCUGCUACAAGUGCCAGCAGAGUGGUCACGUUCAGGCUCAGUGCCCUAACUAAAAUGGCGGAAGCUGUUUUCUCCAUAACCACUUGUUAAUGGAGAGGAAGUUGGCGUGGCAGCUAUGAUACCCACGAUGAUGGUCCGUUUGGGCCUUCUCUUUCCUUUUGUCUUUAUUCCGCGCAUUUCCAGGGUGCGGCCAAAAAGUUUAUUCGGCAUGAUCGCUACGACGAUAUAACAGCUAUUUUGCAACUCGCGUUGCUAAGUGCUUGGAGGCUACGCAGGUUUUCAGCUCAAACGCUGGAGCACGGUGAAAUUGAAAACGUCUUAGGGUUGAUGCCUUCGAUGCGGCUGAGGAUCUCACAAUGGAGGAAGAACACAAUUUGCCAACCGAUGAUGUGUUUUUUUCACGGAGAAUUAUUUAAAGGACUAAGCUAUUUUUUCCCUUGAUACGACUCUGCGUCCAGAUACUACUACUUCUGAAGAGGGGAAAGCCAAAAGCAUGCGAUGUACCUUUGUUGAUAGUAAGACGAUAACUGCACCAGCAUGACAAUUGCUGAAGUCCACCUG